CCAAGAACCAAAGUUCCAUUCCAUCCCAACCCCCCAACACCCCCCACCCACCCCAAGCCCGCCGCCGCCUCUAUUGAGAUAAAUCAUUUUUAAGAUUUUGCCUCUUGGCUUUCCAAUAUUCCAAAUCCCCAAACCCAAAUCAAUCACAUCAUCUUCUUCACCAACUCCCCACUGAAACUGCGUACACCGCCAGGGAUCACAUUCUUGUCCUGAAACCUACCCAAUUCCAAGUUUAAUUUUUACUCCGUACGCUACAAUUCCUUCUUUUGAACUACAAACAACAUUAGCUUGUUUCACUGCCUUCUCUUGUUUCCCAUGGCAACCAAAAAACCAGAGAUAAUUACAGACAAGAACCAGAUGAGGAACUGGUCAAGAGCCAUGAGAUCACUAGGCAAAACCAUUGGCUUAGUACCCACCAUGGGUUAUCUCCACGAAGGUCAUUUAUCUCUGGUCAAACAAUCCCACCGCUAUGCGAAUCUCACUGUUGUCUCCAUCUAUGUCAACCCAGGUCAGUUCUCUCCUUCCGAGGACUUAUCCUCUUACCCUUCUGAUUUUGACGGUGAUAUCCGCAAGCUUAUGUCUCUUUCUAAAGGUGUGGAUGUUGUCUUCCAUCCUGCCAAUCUUUAUGAUUAUAAAACCUAUAAAAAUAGUAACGAUAUUAAUGACUGUAAGAGAAGCGAGUCUGGCAAUACUGGUAGUGGUGUUGUUUCAUGUCUUGAAGAAAAGGGGAUAGGGCAUGAGACGUGGGUGAGAGUCGAGAGAUUGGAGAAAGGUCUAUGUGGGAAGAGUCGGCCUGUUUUCUUCAGAGGGGUGGCUACCAUUGUUAGCAAGUUGUUUAAUGUUGUGGAGCCUGAUUUUGCUUUCUUUGGGAAGAAAGAUUAUCAGCAGUUUCGUGUUAUUCAGCAAAUGGUUCGAGAUCUUGAUUUUGGCAUAGAAGUGAUAGGUUCUGAAAUAGUUCGAGAUGAGGAUGGUCUCGCAUUGAGUUCUCGUAAUGUACACCUGUCACCUGAAGAAAGGGAAAAGGCAUUGUCUAUAAGCAAGUCACUAUUCAGAGCAAAAUGUUCUGCAGAAAAGGGUCAGAUUAACUGCAAGGAGUUAAGAGGCUUAGUCAUCCAAGCAAUAAAUGACACCGGGGGAAGAAUUGACUAUGCCGAGAUUGUGGACCAAGAAAGUUUGGAGGCAGUGGAAGAGAUAAAGAGUCCUGUCGUCUUUUGCGUUGCUGCAUGGUUCGGGAAUGUCCGCCUCAUAGAUAACAUGGAAAUCAGCAUUCAUAAUUAGCUUUAGUUUCUCCUUGCUAAAUGACAUUUGUAGCCUUCUUUUGAUAGCUGGCUCUAAUACUAGCCUUGCUUAUUUCUCCAGUUUCAAAUUUUGUUCUGUUUCACAUGUUUUAUUGGAAUAAUUAUAUGGUGUGUUCUGAGAUGGUUCACUUGAAUUA